GCUCUGCAACUCGCGCCUCCAAUACUACGUCGUUUCGAAAACCCUGUACAGUAAAUAAUGGGGAAGCAGAAGGGAGACGGAGCUGGGAGCAAGGCCCGCCCUUCCAGUAGCAGCUCUGGUGAUAGCAAUGCAUUUAUCUUGCCAAAUAAGAGAAACAGGAAAAGGAAGGGCACCACUCAGGAGGGUAAGAUACUUGGCACAAGAAAAUCACAGAAGCUGACCAAAUCCCAAGAAAAGAAGUUGCACAAGUUGGAGGAGGAUAAGGAAAAAGCCCUUUUGCUAUCCAAGAGCAUUGAGGCUUUAGGGAAGUAUAAGCUUCCGGAGGGUGUACAUUCUCUUUUGCAGUCAUCAAAAGAUAUUGGUCAGGUUGAAUCAAAAAAGGAAAGACGUAGGAAGGCUGUUCUAUUCUCUAAAGCAAGAUUAGAAGUUCCGUAUACUGACCAACCAUUUAAAAAGAAAGUCGAUGUCGAUGCUUGUAGUGAAAGUGAACCUGAGUCAGAAAGAACUCGAUCAAGGCAGGAUCUUGACAAAAGUGGUCAAGUGCAAUCGAUGGUAAUACAAAAAGAAAUCCAUAAGACCGCAUCUGUAUGUUUGAACUCCUCGCAGGGGAUAGUCUCUAGCAGAGGACAUGUCACAGAUGGUGGUCCUGCUGCCAGCUCAUCAUCUAAAAUUGUUAUCUGCAAGGAACAUGAUGUGUCUUUGCCAGAAUACGUAACUCCCAAUGAGAAUGAUGACCAUGAAAGAACAGAGUCAAUGGAUAGGGUAAAAGGGAGCCCAAAAGUAACUUCAAGCCGGACAAGUGAAGUUUCAGAUUUUGCUGAGCCACGGUCUCUUAUUGCUCCAACUAUAGUGAAUGUAUCAAGGCCCGUUGAAGUUGAAAACACAAGGAAGGAUCUUCCAAUAGUAAUGAUGGAACAGGAGAUAAUGGAGGCUGUUAAUGACCAUUCUACUGUUAUUAUAUGUGGAGAGACAGGGUGUGGUAAAACCACUCAGGUUCCCCAGUUUCUUUUUGAAGCUGGCUAUGGUUCAAGCCACUCUUGUCAUCGAAGCGGGAUAAUUGGUGUCACUCAACCUCGUCGUGUUGCAGUCCUUGCAACUGCUAAGCGAGUUGCAUAUGAGCUUGGUCUACAUUUGGGUAAAGAGGUUGGCUUUCAAGUUAGAUUUGACAAAAAAAUUGGCGAAAGUUCCUCCAUCAAGUUCAUGACAGAUGGAAUAUUACUACGCGAGCUUCAGAGUGAUUUUUUGUUGAUGCGAUAUUCUGUAAUAAUUCUUGAUGAAGCUCAUGAGCGGAGCUUGAGCACGGAUAUACUUAUUGGAAUGCUUUCUCGUGUAAUUAGUACUCGCCAGGAAAUAUAUGCUAAGCAGCUGCUUUCUGGAAAAUCUAUAGAUCCUAGACAACAAGUUUUUCCGUUAAAGCUUGUGCUGAUGAGUGCCACAAUGCGAGUGGAAGACUUCAUUUCUGGUAGAAAGUUGUUUCGUGAAAUCCCGCCAGUCAUAGAAGUUCCCACCAGACAAUUUCCAGUAACCACUCACUUCUCAAAAAAAACUGGGACGGACUAUAUUGACCAAGCAUAUAAAAAAGUCUUGGCAAUUCACAAGAGGCUGCCCCGUGGGGGCAUACUUGUCUUCGUCACUGGGCAGAGGGAAGUAGAGUCCUUGUGUCGAAAACUACGUAGAGCUUCAGCAGAACUGGUCAUGAAAACAUCUGGAAGGAAAAUUGAGUAUAAUACCCAUGAUGCCUCUAAAAUAAAUGUUGAACUACUGGAUAUGAAUGAGAUUAAUGAAGCAUUUGAGGUUGAUGAAAAUUCAGCCGACCGUCAAGUUGACAGGUUUAGCUCCAUUGAUGAAGAUCGGGGUAAUAUAACUGAGGAUGAAUUGGAUGCUUCGUAUGAUUCAGAAACAGAAACAGAGAGUGAAGUGGAAAUUGAUGAUGAUGGGGACUUAUUGUUACACGAUACCACAGAAAUUGAUGGUGUUGGUGCAGAUGUUUUAGGAGAGACGGGGAGCAUUGCUUCACUGAAAGCUGCUUUUGAAGUUUUGGCCAGUAAAACUUCUGAUGGGAAACAGCCCAGUUCAGUUACACUAGAUGCUUGCUGUAAUAAAUUCCGUCCUAUUCUUGGGAAAAAGAGUGAGAUUGAUAUUCACAAUUCUCCUGGUGGCUUGCAUGUUCUCCCUCUCUAUGCCAUGCUGCCUGCGGCUUCUCAGCUUCGCGUAUUUGAAGAAGUCAAGGAAGGAGAUCGACUAGUAGUUGUUGCCACAAAUGUGGCUGAGACCUCUUUAACUAUACCUGGGAUAAAGUAUGUCGUUGAUACUGGCAGAGUAAAAGUGAAAAACUACAAUUCCUCAAAUGGUAUGGAAACAUAUAACAUAGAGUGGAUAAGUAAGGCAUCAGCUGCUCAACGUAAAGGAAGAGCUGGAAGAACAGGACCCGGACAUUGUUAUCGUCUUUAUUCUUCUGCCGUAUAUAAUAAUGAAUUUCCUGACUUUUCUCCAGCUGAAAUAUUGAAGGUCCCUAUUGAUGGUGUUGUCCUUCUAAUGAAAUCUAUGAAUAUUGAAAAGGUAUCCAAUUUUCCAUUUCCAACUCCACCUGAUGUUGCUGCCUUGGGUGAAGCAGAACGUUGCUUGAAGGCGCUUGAAGCACUUGACAGCAAUGGCAGAUUAACACCCGUGGGGAAGGCCAUGGCUCGUUACCCCAUGAGUCCUCGCCACUCAAGGAUGCUCCUUACGGUUAUUCAAAUCAUGUACGAGGAGAAAAGUUAUCCCCGCAGUAAAUUAGUGUUAGCAUAUGCAGUUGCAGCAGCGGCUGCAUUGAGUUUAUCAAAUCCUUUUGUGAGGCAGUUUGAAAAUGACUCAAAAACUCAUGACUUGGAUCAGGAUGAAAAUCCCGGCGCUCCUGUGAACAAAAUGGUUUCAGAGAUGCAAGAAAAGUUGAGAAGGAAAAAACUAAAAGAAACUAUAAAGGUGUUUCGGGAAAAAUUUUCUAAUCCUAUCAGUGAUGCUCUGACUGUAGCUUAUGCUUUGCAGUGCUAUGAACUUUCGAGGAGCCCAGUAAAGUUCUGCAAUGACAAUGCCCUACAUCCGAAAACUAUGGAGGAAAUGUCCAAGCUGAGAAAGCAACUGCUCCAACUUGUGUUUAAUCAAUGUGGUGCAUCUGGCAAUGAGAAGGGUUUUUCAUGCAUUUUUGGAAAUCUGGAAGAAGUUGAACAUGUUUGGAGGGUUUCCCAUGAUAAAAGUCCUCUUUCAUUGUAUGAGGAAGACCUCUUAGGCCAAGCUAUAUGUGCUGGUUGGGCAGAUAGGGUGGCGAAACGCAUUAAAGGAACCUCAGGGUCAUCUGAAGUAGAUAGAAAAGUUCACGCCGUGCGGUAUCAAGCCUGCAUGGUUGAAGAGACUGUGUUCCUCCACCGUUGGUCAGCUGUUUCUAAUGCUGCCCCCGAAUUUUUGGUUUACACUGAGCUAAUACAGACAAGACGUCCAUACAUGCAUGGUGUAACUAGUGUAAAACCAGAAUGGCUUGUUAAGUAUGCUCCGUCUUUAUGCACUUUCUCGGCAACCUCAACUGAUGCGAAACAGUAUUAUGAGCCUGUGACUGACCGAGUGUUGCAUGAUGUCAUUCCAGCCUUUGGUCCUCGUCUAUGGAAGCUUCCCCCACAUAGUUUACCUAUCACUAAUUAUGUCUCUCGAGUGACAAUUUUCGCUUAUGCGUUGCUUGAAGGUCAGGUUUUGCCAUGCUUGAAACAUGCUCGUGAGUUUAUGAAGGCACCUCCAGCAAGUAUUUUACGGCCAGAGGCACAAGGCCAAAGACGGGUUGGGAAUUUGUUAGCCAAGUUGAACACCAAAAAGAUAGACAGUUGUUCUAUGUUAAGAGAGGUCUGGAAGGAGAAUCCUGAUGAAUUGCGUUCAGAAAUCCAGGACUGGUUUAAGGAGAGUUUCCACAAGAAUUUGGCAACUCUGUGGUCAGUCAUGCUUAGGGAAGUUGUUUUAGAGCUGGGAGAACGGUUUUCAAAGAGACAGAAAAGAUAAACUAAAUGGUUGGUUUGGAAAUUGGAUGUUGGACGUGAACAUUUUGUUUUCCCUGAUAUCAGAAUCAAAUUUGAGUCUGUUUACUUUCUGUUUGCCUGAUCAUUAUUCCAUUUGAACUCCCAGCAAUUUCACUUUUUAUUAUUGUUUGCCAACACUGGUGGAUUUCUAGGGCUGGUUUUUUUGGUCUGAUAUUUUUGGUUUUUUGACCGACAUUUUAUAUUUUGCACAUAAAAACAGUUAUGUCCCUCGGUUUAUAAAUUAAACAGGUAUACCCUUGUACUUUUAAUUCUUGACAGUUUUUAACGUUU